GCGCCGCCCCGCCUGGCCGCUGGCGGCUCGGCGGCGGGAGGAGGAGCAGGAGCGGGGCCGCCGGCCCGGCCGGGUCCUGUGGGCUGCCUCCGGCCGCGCCAUGUGGCAGAGCAUUGGGCUGACCCUGCUGGUGAUCGUGGCCACGCUGGCCUGCGUGCUGCUCUUCAUGCUGUGCGGAUGGUAUGUGGUCUGGCAAUUGUUCUUGUCUAAAUUCAAAUUCCUGAGAGAAUUGAUAGGUGAUACCGGGUCCCAGCAGGGGGACAACGAGCCAUCAGAAACUGAAACUGAGCAGGAAACUCCUCCCUCGCCUCAUAGAGGGAGACAGAAAUCAGCUCGGCAGCGAAGGGCACCUGCGGAAGACACAACUUAAAGUACUCCACUGAACUUCUGAAUGAACGGUGAAUGGUUUCCCCCUCUGCACUGUGUCCUUCGGUGGUGGGACCGUACUAAGAAACUGACCUAAGAGGUACCAUUGAUCCCAGUGGACCUUUACUUCUGAUCUACCAAUGGAUGAUGCUACUACAGUAGAGAUUCAGGGAGGGCUUCAGCAGCAAGUCACAGAAUAUGGAAGAAGGGAGGGGUGGAGAGAAAUCUCCAUCACAAAAAAUGCUGAGCUCCCAUAUCUCCCAUCUCAGCAUGCAGAUGAAGAACAGGUCCUGGACCAUAGGCUUAGCCUUUGCAUUAGUCUGAACAUAGUAAAUAUUUCAGACUUGAAAUAGUUAAUAAAUUAUUUUUUCUUUACAGCACUGUAACUACAUAUAAUGAAAUUGAGUUUUAUUUCCUUAGUGGUGUAUAAAUAUAUAUAUUUUUUCAACCUUGAGAAAGCAUGUGAACUAAAAAGUUCAUUUGAAAGAAUAUCGUGCUUUAGAACAUAUUCUAAAGUGAGAUUUUAGUUAAGUUCUUGUAUAUAUAAAAAGUAUAAAUGAAAUAUGAAAAAUCCUACUAGGUGCACAUGAUUUGGAGGUUUUUAUUAUCUCCUCCUUUUUAAAAAAGAAGGAGAUGCAAAGAAAGCAAUUGGAUGGCAAGACCUGUUUUCUUGGUUUUGGUAUAUAAGAAGGAUUAUAGUUUAAACAGUUCUGCUAGGCUUCUGAAUGUUUUUCCUGAACCUUUUGUUCCAAGUCCAGCCUGUGCCAGAGACGGGAAGGUGCCUGGGUUAUGCACUACUCACUGUUUAGUAUUCUGAAGUGUCAUCUUUGGUAUUUGGAUAAUGAGCCCUACUCUUAGCUCUCCUAGUACACCUUUACAUCAGGUAUUUGGUAUCUAACAGAUUUUUUUUCCUAGAAGCAGUUAAGGCUCUCUUAGCAGUUUGUCAGACAUUGCUGGGACACUCUGACAGUGUUCCAGCAUGGAAUUCGAUACCUCAUGUUUGCUGUAGGACUUGCAGAUUUUUACCAGUAAUCAGCAGUUGCUCCUGUUUUCUCUGAUUAUGAGUUCUACGGCUAUUUCGACAUUGCACUUCAGAAUGAAGAGCUCCACUUCUGUUUAUCUAGAAACUCUGAAGAUUGAUGCAUGAGAUUUUGGAAGGACAAGGAGCAUGCAUGUACCACCUGUAACGUGUGUAUGAGAGAGAACUACCAACAGGUCUCAUCUUGAACAGCUUCAGUUUUCUCUCGAAGUUUGGAUAUGUGGUAGUAUUUGGAUCAUUGCUCCAUGGAGAAAAACUUAAUCAGGACUUUAAAAACAGUCUUGUAUUUUUAGCUGUUAAGAAGUUUAAACCUGUGGCUUCCAGUUUGCCUCACAUAACUUAAUGUCAGAAUUUUCUUAUGUGCUUAUGUCUUGUCACAUGGUGAGACUUCCAGUCUAGCAGUGCUAUUUAAGUGCUGGGACAUUUUUCUUAAGAACUUAGCAUCUUUGUCUUAAGCUUUGCUAAUAUAGGCUUACAAAUAAAGAUACUUGCUCUGUACUGACAUAAGAUAUUGACACUCCACUGCACUUCACUUUACCUAGCCUUUAGUGCACAGAAAAAGGCUGAUGCCUAUAGUGUCCCUGGCUAAGAAACAGUAACUUAGUCCCUGAUUUUAGGAGCUGUGAAGAAACGUGAAGUUAUGGCAGUAUACAUGGCUAGUUCAGGGUAGCUUUGAAGGUACAACAAUCAAGACUCUGCAGCGAGAUAAUGAAGGAGAAAUCUGUGUGGGUUUGAAUGUGGACACCGAUCAAAUAUGCAAUAAGAUGGACGUGGAACCUCUGGGAAGCUCAUCUGCUCUAGCCAAACAACUUUCUUCUCCCUUCCAUGCUGUCUGUAGGUAUACAUUUCACUCCCAAGUUUUUUUCAGUCUUUUUUUUUUCUUAAACAGCUGAUGCUAUUUUUUUUUAAUGUUGUUGUGAUGUAGCUACCAAUUACGCUUUCUCCCUAGUGUAUAGCUUUAAUGAUCUUACUAGUAGCAGGCCAAAGGUAUAUAAUUGGUUUGGAAGAAUUUUGAAAUGCUAAUGUCUUCUGUCAAUGCUUAAUUUUUCUUGAAGGAAACUGUAGUGAAAUCUUUGUACGGGGCACUUCAUGCAGACGUGUAAGAGCAAAGCUGUGUGUGUGGGACAUGUGCUUGUGGUAUGACCUGGGUUGUGAUUGCUGGCAGUCCAAUAUACUGUCUUCAGGUGUUCUUAUCAAUGUCCUUCCGAAGCGUUAGUGGUGGGUAAGCACUUAACUUUAUAUUCACCCAUCCAAGUCUGAAACCUUAUGAAGGCAACAGGUUGGUCUUGUUUUGUUUAAUGGGAUCUAUUUUUAAAACGAUUGCCUUAUUGUUGCAGCUGUUAUCUUGAAUGUAUUUUGGGUUCUUAUUUUAAAUACAGUCAUAUCAUCUUUGUUGCAGGGGCUGUGUAACUUCGAAUAAGCAGUAAUUUCCUGUGUUGUGUUUGCCAGUGUUGCAAUUUGUGAUCACAUUGCUGCUUAAUAUCAGGUUUUACACUGAACUAGGCCUGUGUAUGUCCUCCUGUUUCAUUUAGAAAUGACCAGCAUAAAGAAUGUGUUCAGUGUGGUCAUUUGCUUCUUCAGUGUUACAAAACUGUACCUAAAGCUUCUGUGGUUAUGUUUUCAUCAUUACUGUUCUUUUAACUGACUGCACAGAUGAAAAAUAAAGUAACCAGACUUGAUAUGAA